UUUUUGCUCUGGUUUCUGAAGAUGUAAAGAAAGAAGUGAAGCAGUCCCAGGAUUUGGAGAAAAGUAAUAUAUCAAGGACAGAUGAUGUAGACUUAAAAGGAAUUGUAUUUGUCAUCCAGAGUCAAAGUAAUUCCUUUCAUGCAAAGAGAGCAGAGCAAUUAAAAAAAAGCAUCCUACAGCAGGCUGCAGAUCUUACACAGGAACUCCCCAGAGUUCUUCUUCUUCAUCAGUUGGGGAAGCAGGAAGGUGCAUGGACCAUACUUCCUCUGUUGCCACAUUUUUCUGUAACAUAUAGCAAAAAUUCAUCGUGGAUUUUCUUCUGUGAAGAAGAGACAAGGAUACAGAUUCCAAAACUCUUAGAAACACUCAGAAGAUAUGACCCAUCUAAGGAAUGGUUUUUAGGAAAAGCAUUACAUGAUGAAGAAUCUACAAUUAUUCACCAUUAUGCCUUUUCUGAAAAUCCUACAGCCUUUAAAUAUCCUGACUUUGCUGCUGGCUGGGCCCUUAGUAUUCCACUUGUAAACAAGCUUACCAAGAGGUUAAAGAUUGAAUCCCUGAAGUCUGAUUUUACGAUAGAUUUAAAACAUGAGAUUGCCCUCUACAUUUGGGACCGAGGCGGGGGACCACCCCUUACCCCAGUGCCUGAGUUUUGUACAGAUGGCAUGGACUCCUACUGUGCUACCUCAUUCCAUUUUUCCCUACCACUUUGUGGAAAGCCAGUGAAGAAAGAGGAUAUUUUUGUUGCAGUAAAAACAUGCAAGAAAUUUCACAGUGACAGAAUACCCAUUGUAAAGCAGACUUGGGAGAGCCAAGCGAGUCUCAUUGAGUACUACAGUGAUUACACAGAUAGUUCCAUCCCUUCCGUGGAUCUGGGAAUUCCUAAUACAGAUAGAGGUCAUUGUGGAAAGACAUUUGCCAUUUUGGAAAGAUUUUUGAAUCAUAGCCAUGACAAAAUAGCAUGGUUAGUCAUCGUGGAUGAUGAUACAUUAAUAAGCAUCUCCAGGCUCCAGCACUUGCUUAGCUGUUAUGACUCCAGUGAAUCGGUGUUUCUAGGAGAACGCUAUGGCUAUGGCCUGGGCACUGGUGGCUACAGCUACAUCACCGGAGGAGGAGGAAUGGUGUUCAGCAGAGAAGCCAUCAGGAGACUUCUCUCCAGUAAGUGUCGAUGCUACAGCAAUGAUGCCCCCGAUGAUAUGGUCCUGGGCAUGUGCUUUAGUGGGUUGGGAAUCCCUGUGAUCCACAGCCCUCUCUUCCAUCAGGCUCGGCCAGUGGAUUACCCUAAGGACUACCUUUCUCAUCAGGUUCCCAUAUCAUUCCACAAACACUGGAAUAUCGAUCCAGUGAAGGUGUAUUUCACAUGGUUGGAGCCCAGGGAGGAAGACAGAGCUGGGCAGCAGAUACAAAAAGGUUUUAGAGAAGACUUAUAAAGCCUAGUGGCCUGGGAGCAUCUUUUGUAUAGGAACAAGAAAGAUUGUGGCACUCUCCCGCCGUGCUAUGCCCACACUGCUCGUGCAUGCCACAUGCUGUCGGACGCUUCCUGACUUUAGGUGGAACUUAUGUUUAUGGUAUUUUUUGACAUUGGAAGAAAAGAAGUCAGAGGGGAAAUUUAUUUUUCAGGAAAAAAACACUUGCUUUUGACUUAGGCAGUUAUUCUAACACAUGGUGAUUACUAUGUAUUUUUUAAGCUGUGAGACAACAGUUUUAUUACUGUCACAGGAAAAUAAGUGGUACCAGAAGUCCCUUUCCUGUUCCCUCUCUUCAUUUUAAUGCAAGUUUCCAGUGGAUAUGAGACUAGAGAAAUGGGACUGUUAUUUCAUCCAUAUAUAUAUAUGAAUGAAUGAAAGUUUUGACAUGAAUAUUGCUAGUGGUAUGAACUUUUAAACUGUAUUAUUGGCGAUGAAAAUUAUUUACUGGGAACUCAGUGAGAACAAUGCUGUAUUAAGGAUCAUUCAUAAAAUGUCAUAAAAGUCUAGAUAUGAAAUCUCCUGUAGUCUGUAAUCAUGGUCGUUAUGUUUUAUCUAUUGUUUUGCUGUAUGUGCCUCAUAAAAAGAGAAUAAGAGGUCUGCAAGAGCCUCCUAUUUCUUUAGAAGUUCAUCUGUGUUCUGUGUCUCCCAGAAGCCCUAUCUUUAUGACCUCUUUGUAACUGGAAAAUGUACUGGAUGCUGUUAGGAAAUAGUGUCCUCAGUAUUUAAAGGCAACGUUAAUGUGUUUCAUUCAAGUCAGCAAGUUCUAGGCCAGUCUCAGGAAGUGGAUUAAAUUUGAACCUGAUGUUUUGCUCUUUUUUUUUUUUUUUUUAAUCUCACUUAAUGACUUUAUUCUGACUUAGAGUAACACCAUUUCCCCAAACCCCAAUGCUUUAUAAAACCCCCAUAGAAAGCAUGCUGAUUCGGCAGUUUUUCUGGGUUCUUAAAGAAUGAAAUUUGAACAUAGUAUUUUGAAACAGCUCUAGUUUUCAAAUCAUAUAUUUAAUAUAUAGUAAUUUAACAUGUUCAUUAUUAAUGUAUAAAAAGCAUUUUGUGUUUUAAUGUCUUUAAUUAUAUAGUUCAGUUUUAUAAAGGUUUUGCAUAAAAUUUGAUUUUAAUGUUUUAAACUAAUUUUGGUAUAGUAAAAUAUUUUUCUCCUUUUCUUUCAUUCUUUUUUUAAAAUAAAAACUGUUAUUCAUUAACUUUGCUCAUAAUGCUUUUUAUAUUAUAGCUAAGUACAGGGUUAUAAAGCCAUACCACCAAAAGUACCUGUGUUUGUGUGUGUGUGGGGGGUCUCUCCUUUUUUUUUUUUUAAAAAAAAAAAAACAGAUUGGAUGCAUUCCCAAAAUGAUCCAAUAGUAUUUACUGUUUUUCCAAAUUAGUAAACAGUAUCAAGAGCAGAGUGUUGCAGUGAAAAUAUAAGGUAUUGGAUUCAAUUUGUAAAAAUGGAUUUUGUAGCCCAUCUGGGGAAUGUAUCAGGUACGAUCAGCUGGUCAUGUGAGUCAGAAGGAUUUUAGAUCCCAUCAAGCUGGUACAAAUGACAACAUCAUCAUUGCUGGGAUCAGUACCAUGUUACCAUAGUAGUCACCUUCAGGUCAUCUAUAAUAAACUCUUAAGGGCCCUGGCUGCCCACACCAGUGGAGAGUCCUCAGUUCUUUCUAUUCCUGGCUACUAAUUGUCACCACUCAGAGAACAGCGUAUUCAUUUGAUGGGAUGGACCUGCCAUCUGUAUACGAAGAUUCAUGUCAAGCUUUCUUCUGUGUUAAGAUCAGUGCCUUCUACUGACGCCAGAGCACCUCCUCUGGUACUUUUAUGUGUUCUGUUAAUUGUCUUUACUUUUUACAACUAUGUAAGUCUAAUCACAAAUAAAUGAUCUUUGGAUAAGUUUCU